AGUUAUGGCAUGAUGCAUUAUCUGGGCGUGGUCUUCUUCCAGGCGAGGAAAAAACUAAGUUUCUUAGAGAAUCUUUUGAACCACUUGAUAAUAUUCAGAUUGAAUCAAGUUACACUCCUCGUGAAGGUGUUUUUUAUAUUAGAAGAACAUUAAACCUCGGUCAAUUUUCUAAACCGGAAAACCACAACGAUCAUUAUGUUUAUUAA